UAAUACGGAAGCAUAAUGUCAUCAUUAAGUAGUAAUAAAAGGUUAUCCGAAGUUUUGGAACUAUUUCUAUUACCAAACUAUAAUAUUGUGUCUACUACUUAUCUUGAUCUUUUAUUGUCUCACAUUUCUGAAGAUAUUAAACAAUGCGAUACAAAUAAUUAUGAGAACUGCGAAUUGUUUCAAAAAUGGGUGUUAAAGGCAUUGAAUGUUUGGAACUUUGAAUGUGUUCCUUCACAGCCUAUAAUUAUAUUUACUUUAAAACUUGUGGGAAUAGUUUCACACAAUGAAUUAAGAUUUCAUUAUUGGCAAUUUAAAGACGUGUUUAAUAAAUUGUGUGUUAUUUUUAAUCUACGUAAAGAUGAUUUACCAGUAUCUAUUAAAAUGGCUUAUAUCACAAUGUUAUCUGAUUUAAUUAAACAUAGAAGUGGCAGACAAUGGGUUAUAGAUUCUAAUGUUUGGAAAGAUGUUGUUAAAUAUGCUCAUUGGAAUCAUACUUUAUAUGUUACCCAUGAAAGUCACAAAUUUUUGUGGUUUUUGCUUUUACAUGAACAACAAAAUAUUAACUUUUGUAAAGAAGUUAUUUUAACAGUAGCUGCACCAUUGAUAACUAAUACUUUUGAGACACAAGUAUAUCAAGUUUUGCAAGAUAAUUAUCUGGAACAAAAUAAAUUAUUGUGUUCUACUCUAGAUUUAUUAACUAAUAUCAUUGAAAAUACAUUGUUUGCAAACAUGGAUAAUAUGGUAUCUGAAUUAUGUCAGGAAAUUAUUGAUUUAGAAAUGAGGGUGAAAGCUCUGUUUGAAGCAUGUAUUAGUACAAAACUUCUAUCACAUAUUCAUAAAUUAUUAAUUCUAUGUUUAUUCAUUCCACUUAAACGAUUUAUUAGAGAAGGAAAAAAAGUAGAUGUUGAAACAUCGCAAAAGUUCUGCUGUGAUUUAAAUUAUAUAUCUCUGAUGCUUCUUUCAAAAGUAUAUAUAAUAGAACUGGUAAAGACAAAUAAACUUUUAAUGAUAUAUUGGAAAAGGUUACAGUCAUUACAUGAAUUUAUUCUCAGUGGAGAACAUAAGUUUGAACAUCAAGUUAUAACUAUAAUGAUUAUACCUUUGGGUUUAUGUAUCAGACAUACAUAUAGAGAUUGUGAUCUUUUUGAUAUGUUUGUUACUAAAAUGUUUGAUGUAACAUGUAUAGCUGUACAAAGAUUGGCUUAUAAUAUAAGAGAUGUUGUACUUAAAAAUGAUGUACCUAUAGCACAGAUUUCAAAAGUAGUUAUUGACAUGCUUUUAGAAAUAAUAGAUAUCAUGGAUAGGGAUAUUGCAGUUAUUGUUUUUCAAUCCCUGUGUCAUGUACUAAAAAAUUGUAUGCCAGAUACAUGCAAUAAAACUACAGAUGAUAUAAGUAACAAAACAAACUUGGACAGGGGACCAAGAAAAUCAAUGUUUAAGUGUCCCUUAGAAGGAGAUCCUAUAGUCAAUCAUCCAGCAUUGUUAUCAUCACUCCUAAAUGGUUUAGCAGUUAUGACAGAGAAAUUCAAGUUAAAAUGGCAAGAAUGUGUGGAAACUAUAUGUUUGUUAUCACUAGCACAAGAAAUUUUAAAUCAUCCUGGAACAUUGCCUAUGAUUUGUGUGAAAGCCUUAAAAGUGUGUAAGUUAGCAAUUCAAAAUUUCAUGCCACCAAAUUUAGUACUAUUAAUUGAAACAGAUAGUCAUAUGAAUGAAAUUGGACCAACAUUUUUUAAAAGAUUACAUGAUGUAAAUUGGGAAGUAAGAGAUAGUGUACUUGAGGUUUUAAAUACUAUAGCUGUAAUUUCAGAAGACAAAUAUCCAGCGUUCCAAGAAUUUUUAUUGGCAAAUGAAUUUUUACAACUAGCGAUUGAAAUUGCUAAAAGUGAUAAUGAAAGCUAUGUUCGAGCAUCUGCUUUAAUUUUUAUUUCAACUACCGUACGGAUAAAUAAAUUGUGGGAUGAAAAAUUAUCAUAUUUUGAUUUAUCGAAUACAGCAAUAAUAUUGUUUAAUAAUGAGAGUGAAGCUAUAGUCAGAAAGGAAGCUUUAAUUUUAAUAAAAGAAUUAUAUGUACACCAUAAAUGGCCGAGAAAUAUUAUUGAUUCUAUGACACUAACGAUGGCAACAGCUGCUGUGCUUGAUCUUCAUUGGGAAGUAAAGAUAAGUGCUCUUGAAUAUUGGAAACAUGUUAUAAAAUCGCAUUUGUCUGAUCAAGGUGUACUCGAUGGUCAUUUCCCAAAAGUAACGUUUUCAAAAGAACAUAGAAAGAUUGUAUCUUUAAAUGAAACUGAAAUAAAACGAAGGCUUAAUAAAGCAUUAGAUGAACUAGCAAAACAAAAUUGUUUAGGAGUUCUUUUGGUUACUCUAGAAGAUAGCGAUUUUGAAGUAUGCAAAACAUCGGCCACUAUAAUAAAUAAAUUAAAAACAUUCCUCUUGAAGUACAAACUCAAUGAACCUUUGCCAGCAUUACCUCUACCUAAAGAUAGUGCCACGUUAGAUACCUCUUAUGUUAAAUAUGAUCCACCAGAUAAUGUUGCAAGUUCUAAUUAUGAGGCACUUAGUAAUUCUCGUAAUGUAAUCGAAGAAAUUGUGGAUGCUAAUGAUGCAAAUUUGCUUGCGUCUAUUUACAAAAAUUCAAUGAAAGUUGACAGCAAAACGCAAAAAUCGUUGGAGAAAACAUUUCAAUAUAUUUCUUGUGUAACUAGGCAAAUUUUUCUUCAAACAAUUUUUAACUUAGAUAUCGAUACUUACAUUGGAGAGAAAAGUCGGUGGUUGACUACAUAUACUACCAGUUUUGAAUCAGUGUUGGAUGAUAUAUUAACAAUGUAUAAACAAGGAAAUGUGAAUUCAAUGGACUGCUACUAAUUAUAAAUAAUGUGCCUUAUACA